GGCACAUGGGCCAGCUCCACUUAUCAGUGAGUCUAAUAGGAAUGUGAAGAGAAUAGGCUUGACAGCUCAUUAGAAUGUGAUCCCUCCUCCUUUUUUUUUUUUUUUUUUUCCCCUUUCUUGAAGUUGAUGGAAACUCAUUCAGGAAAGAAGUACUUAUUUGCUGAGGUAAAGCAAAAGCUGAGGAGGGUUUUGCCAGUGUGCAGCAGGGGGAAGGAGCAGCGACAAAAAUCAGACGUGAUCUCCACUUAGAGGUACCUGAAAUCUUGCCUAGUGUGAGGGGAGAUGAGGAUGAAAAAGCCAUGAGAUUCUACAUCCUGACAGCUGCUUGCAGCAUCGGGACCUCCUGCUCAUCGUCUCAUUAAAGAAAAGCGAAGAUAAACUCAGCUAAAGUGAGAGAGAAACUAGAUUUGAGAAAACUGUCUGUUCCUUAUGGACCUAGAAGGCUGAGUACUUGGCUGAGCUGUGAUGCUUCCAGCCUCUUCAGAAGAGCAGUGGCUGUAGCAACCUUGGAUUACAGUUCUCCAGCAUCUUGAAAGGAAAGGAUGAGGACUUGUCACUGAGGAAAGGGAAGUAUCAUUCAAGAGAGAAUGGAUGGAACGUAUUGAAGCCUGCUUUGAACUGAACACAAUGCCUCAAAUGACAGAAAGUGAAAUCUGUUGAAGAGGAACAACCAAACAACCCCCCUAAUGAGUUUGUGUUGUCAGCCCUGGCCUGAGCAACUGUUGCCCUGAGCAAUUUGACUUCUCUAGAUUUCAUAAGAGAAGUCUGUGUCUAUUCCUAUUAUUCGUGGUGAAGGUUUUUGUGCUUGGAGAGUGCGCUUCGUGACUUGGCCCCUCCCUUUUCAAAAUGAAGGGGUGCACCUGGGUAUUUGUGGCAACUUUACUUUGUCAGCAGUUUUGCCUCUUCAGAGUUAUGGCAGCAAAGAGAGAGAGAAAGAUGAAGAAAGAACCUAAUCAGUAUACAGAGCCUUUCAAUGCUACCCUCUCAAACAGUGAAGAACUGCAUGGGCAUCCCAAGAUCCUAGAAUCUCCAGAUCCUCGAAUCACAGAUCCACGGCGGACCUGGAUCUCCUUUGUUCACCGCCCAGACGAUGGCAAUACCUCUAAAAGGAGAUGCAAAGGGAAAGACAAGAAAUUACGUGGCCUUGUUGGGCCCCCAGGACCUCCUGGUCCCCAGGGACCUCCAGGAGCACCUGGUGCUGAAGUCACCCGGGAAGUCCUUCUGCAGGAGUUUAAGGAGAUAUUAAAAGAAGCCAUUGAGCGUCGAGCAUCCCUGGCUAUUUCAGCCCAUCCUAGCCAGCUGCCUCCACUCCUGCUCUCCUUGGAGGAAGUUUCGCCCCACAGACGUGUAGAGGAGGCGUUCCAUUGCAAGCUAAAAGGACAAGUCAUUGUAGAUAAGAAGACCCUGGUAGAACUUCAGAACUUCCAGUCGCCUCUGGCCAAAGGAGCUUUUCUCCGGGGGACAGGAUUAAAUCUGGCAACAGGACGUUUCACAGCACCUGUGUCUGGCAUCUACCAGUUUUCAGCCAAUGUCCAUGUUGACCACAGUGAGUUGAAGACUAAAGUCCAGCUGCGAGCCAGAGAUAACGUCCGAGUGUUGAUCUGCAUUGAAUCGCUGUGCCACCGAUACACGUCUUUGGAAGUCAUCGCUGGUCUGGAAAGUAACAGCAAAAUCUUCACUAUCUAUGUACACGGCCUACUGCAGCUGCAGGCUGGCCAGUACACCUCCAUAUUCGUGGACAACAGUGCUGGAGCUCCCAUCACCAUUCAGAAUGGAUCAGAUUUCAUGGGCAUGUUAAUGGGUGCGUAGCAUCACCUGCAGCAGUGUAGCAGGGAAAGACAUGAAUUAGAGCCUUGCAGUGUAUAUUUGACAGAAGAAACCUUUUAUUUUGACUCUUGAAGACUGCUUCCUCUCACUGUCGGCAUCUUUCUAAAGAGCCUUUCCCUUUACAAGUAAAUCAGCUUGCUUUCAGAGACUACUGCUUUUCAAGGUCCACACCAGUUCAUUCAUCGUAAAAAAAAAAAUUGUACUUUUCUAAUUCAGAAACAAACUGUACUAUUUAAUUUGUGCUUCACCAGAUGCUAACCGAACAAUACACUGAGAUUUGGAAUUUGUGACAUUUAUCUUGCAGUAGCACUUGUAAUCAGCGUGUCUUUUGGGAUUGAUUGUGGGGUGUUUUGAGUUUGUAAAUGAAGGAUUGAGAAGGAAAGUAAAAUAGUAACUAAAUUCUCUGUGUUGUGGAGGAAGGAGACAAGGAUUUGCUAGCAAAACUGCUUUUCUUUUUGUACAAUUGUAAAUGGUAUAGGCCCUCUCUCAUGUUCAGAAUUGGAUGUAUUUGACAAGAACUAUGUUGAAUUCUCAGACAGUGCCUGCCUCACGGUUGGGAUUCCAAGGUCUGAACUCUUUAAUUGUGGUUCUUUAUAUAUAAGUAUUUCCUUGAUCUUACUGAUGAAGCUGAAUACCUCACUGCCUGAGCAGUUUUGUUUUAACGAAAAGGUAAGGCCAGUGGCACCAGUUCUGGCGUGAGCUCCCUUACUUGUGUUCUUAUGUUUUAGUAAGAUUAUACACGUGGUUUUGGACUGCAUCACAUCCUCUGAGGUGCCAUAUAAUCCUUUGUAAAUGUGUCAAAUGCGUGACACUGGGUGUCAGAAGGCUGGCAAAGACAGCGAGAAGCCUCAGAUUAGAUGUGUCACCAGUUUGGUGCUUGUUGAACUGCGGUGAAAUAAUGGAAGAAAACAGGGGCCAAGGCUUACUGCUGUCAGGUGGCCAGGGUCCUGGGGAGUCUAUUGGAGCUCUCCUCCGAGACUGAAAGUGCUGUCAAAGACCGUCCAGUGAAUGUUUUCUGGUUUUCUACAAAUCUCACUGCAAAUUGAACCCCCAAAGCAGCUUUGCAUAUAGCUCCAGGCUAUAAACUCAUUUUUAACAAAAUAAAAGGGUGUUGACGUAUCAUGGCGUUAAGGUGUUGCCCAAGAAGUGAUAACACCCUUGUGAUUAGAACCCCCCCCACUCAUCUAAUGUACCCCUGUAGCUUUCCCUUUCGACUGGCCCUUCUGUUGGUUCACCUUAGCUGAGGAACUAGUUGUAUAACAGUAUCAUAAAUAGAUGAUAGCAAGGCCCAAAAUGGGGUCCAAGAUACUUGUUCUUGAAUGUUUGCAGUGUGUGGAAGAUAUCCCUUGUAUAGUGUUGCAGGUUUUGAUCAACUACACUAUCUUCGUGCAGUGAAAGCAAAGACUGCUGAGGACAGCAGAAGGCAUGG